AAUCACUUUUCGUUUACAUAUCUUUUUAUAUACUCGUACAUAAUGUACUCGCUGUGAGCUCCGUUUCGUAUAUUAUGUAGUCGUGCAGUGUCACUGCAUCAACACAACAGUAGUUUAUAGUCCGUAAGCGAGCGUAAUCAUGCCAACGAGCUCCUUAAUUGUUCCAUCAUUUUUCAAAAUUAUCGAACGUUCAUUGAAACAUUAGAAAUUGGAGAAACUCUCGUGUGUACAAAGAUAGCCGUCGACUAGCCUGCGUAGAUAUAGAAGAUACAUUAUCUACCGAAUAAAGCUCAAACAAGUCUUUUGCAAUUUCUCUCGGAGUGUUGUGAUCCAUGAAUUAUUUUGGAGUUUUUGGUUUUUCAGCCGUACUUAUACUCGUUUCGCGAAAAAAAUCAACGUGAUCGCAUUGUUAUUUUGUAAGAAUAAAGUGCGCGUUUGGUGAUCACAUAAAUCUCCGAUCCUUUGUUGUGUGUACAUCCACGUAGGCAUCAAUACGUGAUCAUGCAAUCUCAAGUAUCGGUGACGCCGAAAAAAUUACCUGUUUUUGUGUUCCCGCAAAGUAUAACAUUUUACCUUGACGAUCAGUCGACGCAUAAACAGAUAUUAACACUUUACAAUCCUUAUGAUUUUCCUGUCAAGUUUAAAGUGUUUUGUACAGCUCCAAAUAAGUAUGUAGUGGUAGAUCCAGAAGGAACUAUCAAACCCAGAUGUUGUGUGGACAUAGUCGUUCGACACAUGGCCCUUACGCCUAUCAACUGUACGAUUGAUAAAUUCAGAAUACAAAUGCUUGAGCAUCCUACAAAACAGAUUCUUGGGAAAAGAGAUGUAGAAGCAAAAGUGGUGAGCGGUAUUCCAGAACCUAUGGAAAGAGGUACUCCAGAUCCAGAUUUAUUCCAACAGUUACCGCACACUGGCAAAAACCAACAAUCUUAUACUCUAAUGGCUAAUGAUAGCACUGCUAACAGAGAUACAAAUUAUGUAGCUCUCUUAGCUGGUAUUAUUUGUAUAGCUGGACUUUUGUUACCUACUGAGGGAGAAAAAAGCAACCAUAUUCCAGACUACCUCCAUUUGUCAAUGCAUUUUAAAAUGAUAUUGACUUAUGUUUUAGGUAUGGUAACUAUUAUUGUCUUGAGGCUAUAAGGUAAUUAAUUAAUAAUUAAUGAAAAGUGGAACAUCUAAUGUGAUAGAUGUAAUAUCCAUUAGAGCUUACAAUAAGUUUUUUUUUGGUGUGAGAGUGUUUAUAAUUAUCAUGAAAUUUGGAAAAGAAGUGCAAAAAUAAUUUAAUUUAAAACUACUGUAAAAACAAGUUAAAUUUAAUGCACAAGUAUGGUUCAUGAGGUUAAAGCUUCUUUAAAGUAGAAAAAAAAUGUUUUCUAUAAAUGCAAGGUUUUUGCUUUGCCUGUACAUAAAUAUAGAUUUAUUAUCCAUGAGAUCAAAUAAGUAUGUAGAAUCAUGUGCAUAUCUUGUUCCUCUUUUUUGAUGCUAGUCCAUAAGGUUUGUCUUAUGAUAAGAGAAGCAAUAUUUUUAUACAUAUUUUAAAUUAAUAACUUGUAUAUUCUUGAAUGAUUGUGCAAACAAGACUUUUUUGUAAAUUGAGAUUAUUUUUACAUUUGGUUCAAAUGAAAUU